AUGACUUCGCAAGAAGAUUGGAACCAAGCCGUGCAUCGGAUCCGCCAAGCGCAGGCCACCCUGAGAGAAACCUGGACGUCAGGCGCAGUGCCUGUCGAGGAAGAGAUCGCGAUGCGCGCCAAAUUCGCCGAACUGCUUUCCAACGCAUUCGAAGUUUUGGGAGACAUGGUCGACCUCAAUGACUGCAUCGAGCACCUCGAGACUAUUGUGAGACGGCUGGGCCCACCAUCUCCUGCCCGCGCGGAGUAUCUCGACAAGUUAUCAUACUCGAAGAUGUCCGCGUACAAGACCACAAACUCCGUGCGAGAUCUUGACGAAUCGAUCAGGUACGGUCAGCAGGCAAAGGACGAGGUAAAUCCCGCUGAUCGCACACUCCUGUGUCGCAUAUACCACAACCUCGGGUACAACUUGUCGCACCGGGCGCAGCUGGGUCCCGCGCGACCGUCCGAUAUCGACGAGGCUAUAAGUUGUGGGCAGAUGGUGAUUGACCUGGCUGACCCAGAUAGCGAGGAGUAUGCAAACACUUUGAUGAAUUUAGUAUCACGCUUUCAGGCGCGGUUCGAGAGAGAUCACCGCGAGGAGGACAGACAGAGCGCCCUCGAGCUGAUCCAGCUGCGACUUAAGAUAGACACUCCAGAGACUCUCUCGUAUGCUUAUACUCGCCUUGCGCAAAGCAGGCUCGCAAACCUCGGUUCCGAUGAUAUAGGUGGCAUUGAUGACGGGAUCGCCCGAGCUAAAGACGUCCUGCGUCUGAUGCCACUGAAACACGAGGGCCGCAUUGACGUGCUCAGAGAAAUCCUGGUGAAGUAUGAGCGCAGGUAUAAAAAGUUCAACGAGCGAUCCGAUAUCAUUACCGCCGUGCAGUAUUCUGAUAUUAUCCUUGAGGCUGUCCCGCCCGGAUAUCCGCGCCGUCUCGAUUGGGCCGUCCAACACUUGGCUCUGAUUGCAGAGCUAGCUGCGUCUAGUCAAUCAGUAGAUGAACUUGAUAAUCUCAUUAACCAGGCGCGCCGACUACGAGAGGAAGUUCCGACCAGCCAUGCGAAACGGCACGCAAGUGGGCUGGCGGUUGGAGCGAUCAUCGCACAAAAGUUCCUCCUCUCGAAACACCUCGACAGCUUCUACAUGCUAGUCAGCCACGCGAUUGGUGUCUGUAGCGAUCUGAACGAAAAGGAAGACAAGUCAAUAGCUGUCAACACUACCUUUCUGUGGCAGCUCUCUAGUUCUAUACGCAAAAUAAGUCAAGGGUCCGAACACAGCCCUGUCCGUGCCCAAGCUACCGAGAAAGUACACGCAUACUUCACAGCGGCUUACCAGGAUAGGAAGCUCUUGAAAGGAUUGGCUUCGAUUCAGAUGGAACAUGGAUCAGAAAUUGAAAUACUGUCAACACACUCAAAUGCGACCGAGCCACUCUCCAACAUUGACCUCGACAGCGCGCUUGAGAAAAAGACGGAUGAAACGAACACGAAGCUCUCAUUACGGCAAAAAGAGCCUGGAUACAGACCACGCAAUGAUUACCACGAUCAGUUAACAGGCCUUAGGCACCUGGGUAUCGACAAAACCGCAGGCAGAGUCAUCAUGUCAAUGGAAGAAAUCGUGAAGGAUAUGAUGGGAUACACGGACACAGAUGAGCCCCGAUCUUGGACCGAACAUGCCGAACGAGAGAGCAGACUUGAGCACGAGUUCCUUCAACGUGAACAACAGGCGGGAAAGCACCCGAAUCCGAACCUUUGUCGUGUCUGUCGAGCUAUCCAGAUUAUUAUCGGACCGACAUCGCCUGACGAGGGGUAUUCCUGGAAUUCAAAGCUUUUUCUACCCCAUGGAAACUGGUCGCAGCUGCAGUGCCGACGACAUUGUGGGAUAUGCCGCCUCGUCAUCUCGCUCAUUACCACCGCGCAAGGGACGCUACAUCCACGCCUGGCUGAGCUGGACCAGGAGAUUCAGGGCGUACACUUUCACCUGCGGAAGUUGCCUUCGGGGGAGUCGGUGUUGGGCGUUGAAUAUGGGCUCAAGACAGUUGGGGGUAUUCGACUUCUAACACCGACGAACCACCAGGAUGCACUGCGUCAGAGCUAUCUAAGGGACACGGGAAAGCAGCUCGUUGAUACGGCCAAAUUGCGGCGAUGGCUCAACAACUGCGACUACAACCAUGGUCGAAUUUGCAACGGUGUUCUGGGUGACUCCCGUUUCAACCAGGACGUCAACCUGAUACUGGUCGAUGUCCGGGACCGCUGUCUGGUUCGGGCAACUUCUGCGGAGAAGUAUUUUGCUCUUAGCUAUGUGUGGGGUGCAGUUCAGAUGCGUUCUUUACAGCGAAGCACUCUUGAAGCGCGACUUCAGCGCCAGUCCCUGGACGAGAAGACGCUGGACCUACCCACUACAGUAGUGGACGCUAUGCUACUCGUGGAAUCACUGGGAGAGCGCUAUCUCUGGGUUGAUGGGCUGUGCAUCAUUGAAGACGACGAGGGAGACAAGACACACAACGUCAACACGAUGGAUAUUGUUUACGGAAAGUCGUUCGCGACGAUCAUGGCUGUACACGGGACAGAUGCCAACGCCGGACUACCUGGUGUGCGGCCCGACUCUAGGGCGCCUCAGCACAUGGAGUCCAUCGUGGUAUCCAGCAGAUACCGAGAUCACCUGGGUUAUGAGGCCGGCCUGACUAGUGAUACUACGGAAGACAUAACCAUGGUCGCCACACCAAUGCCACUGGAGCUGACCUUGGAGGCCUCUACUUGGAAAUCGCGCGGUUGGAUCUUGCAAGAAGCACUGCUCUCUCGUCGACGCCUAUACUUUACCAAGGACUGGGUGUACUUCCAAUGCAACAAAGAAACCCACUGCGAGACUCUUCUCGCUGAGUCGGGGCACGCUGAAUUCCUUAAUAGCCAAUUGCCCCUGGCGUCUUCAACGAAACCUAAUAACCCUCUGAUGGAGCUCAAAGAAAUCACAUCACCUUCAGCAGAGAGAAGCCUCCGCCAAGCAUUCGGGAUAUACAAGGAUCUUGUGGAAAUGUACACGCCGCGGAGGAUCUCCCUCGCCAACGACAUCAUCCGGGCCUUUUCAGGCAUCCUAUCAGUCAUGACCGAGUCCACAAACCAGCAGUUCGAAAACGGGCUCCCAACCGGCCUCUUCGACAUCUCCCUCUUUUGGUGUCCUGCCGAACCACUAUUCCGCCGGUCUUCCUCAGAAGCCAGCUACCGCACAAAUCUCGCGACAGUCGCCUCUCUCACCGAAAUGUCUCGCGAGCACGGCAUCAAAUACCGACUGACGCCAGCCAAGGACGAGCCGCCCUCGCUAUUCCCCAGCUGGUCAUGGGCAGGGUGGGUUGGCCCUAUCGAAUACCGGCUUACCGACCUCGAAAACGAGCCGCUGCCGACUCCCUCAGUCGACACAUUCUCCAUCUACCACCAAGGCCGCCACCACGAGAUCCACACCCACCGAGCUAGCACCUCCCAAACCACAACCACACACACGACACAACCACCCAUAUCAGCCCCAGACCUCGGCCCAUACACGCUCCAAUUCUGGGCUCGCACCGUGCACGCAUCCCCCUCCUUCCGCCUCCAACGCCACUUUCCCCCGGACUAUCUCAGCAUCUGCCAAAACCAGACCCACAGCGAAGGCCAGCAACUGAUCCUCCGCAUCUACGACCGCCAAAACCGCCACUGUGGGAUAUGGUAUGCAAUUCUGAAAGACGACAAGCUGCUGGGGACGGAGCUCAACCUUGAUAUGGUCGAGAUAUCCUGUCUUAGUGACGUGUAUAAGCGACGAGAGGGCCCUAUGCGCGUGGAGGGCGAGAUUGACUUGUUCGAUAAGGGCUGUUUCCCGGAUACUGGGCCUGGGAGUGGCUUGGUCAAUGUUGUUGUUGUGCGGUGGGAUCAUGAGGUUGCGGAGAGGUAUACCGUCGCGCAGGUUCAUGUUGCAGCUUGGGAGGAGGCUGGGCCUGUGAGGAGGCAUGUUCGGUUGGCGUGAUGGAUGGUCUCCCAGCGAGGGAUACUCACAUGGUCUAAGUCUAAUGCUAAGUGGUAAAGGUUUG